CAGCAUCCUCAGAGGCUCCUGGGAUCAGACCCAGCAUGAACAGUCUCCUAAAGAGAACAGGUUGUAGGCAAGAGAAAAGCUUCACAGCUUCUCAUUUCCAAACUAUUAACAUCAAUCAGCUUUCUCAGACUUUGUUUUAGGGCUCUCAGUUGAGUACACUCAAUGAAAUUUUCCCAACCCCACCUUAGUAUGUUUCUACCUGCUUGCUGACAACCAGAAUUAUAAGUAGAAAACCCACAAAUAUUUUUCAAUUCAGAUAAACAGUUAUAAUAUAUAAAUGAGCUUCAGGCAUGUGAAAAAUAAAUUACUCAUUUUUUUCCAGAUUUCUCAGGUUUUAUUCCCUACAGAGUUUAGGUUGCAGAUAGCAGAAUCUGAGCAAAACGAAAUGUACAUUCCUUAACAUUUUUUAGCUGGGCAACAGAAACUGUGAUUUAAAACAUUUGGUCACGUACUGUAAAGAUGGCUUUUGUUUUAUGAAGUGUUUUUUCUUUAGGGAAGUUCUCUGGAAAUGUGAGAUAUCACAGAAACAUCAGUUAUAUUGCCUAUUUUCAGCAUUGGGACAAUGUCUUGAUGUGGUACAUGGAAAUACAUUUAUGAACUGUGGAGUCUAUUGCAGUUUUUAAAACAUUUAUUUUUUAAUUUUUAGUUACAGUUGGCAUUCAGUAUUUUAGGUGUAGUGCCUUUGAAAAAUUAACCUACAUAAGUAGAAUUGGUUAAAACUUUAAAAAAUGUACAAUAAAAUUGUUUUAAUGAUUUUUGAGGAACAAACAUCAUGAUCUAAAAGUGGUUACUACAAACCCUCCUUGUGGCAAUUUAACACAGAUUCUGUCUUGACUACAUGAAGGAUCUGAUGAAGUGGUUAUAUGUUCAGAGACUACCAGAUCUGUAGGCUUAGUAGUGAGAUGGUUGGAGCUGAUUUUUUUCUUAUUCUUUUCUUUUUUCUGUGUAGUAUCAGAACUCCCUCUUGUGUGGGAAAUACAUAAUUAUGGGAGUAUGGGGGUUGAAGUCCAAAAAAACCCGAUACUUUUCCUUAUUCCUGGCAGCCAAGGCACAGGUAUAUGACCCUCAUUUGGGUCAGUGGAAUGUCCUUGCCUUCGGCUGUGAAUAGGGACAAGUGUUACAAGGGAGGAGAAAGAGAAUUAGUGUCAGUGACCUUCCAUUGCCCCAUUUGUCAAGCUUAAUGGUGUCUGGCAGCAGUGGUCCCUUAACCAGGCUAUCCCUUGGCCAUGGAUCUGGCUACCUGCUUCCCAGGUUCCUAACCUUUCUGGUAACUAGGACAUUGUUGUUCUACUUAAGAAUCCCCAAAACAGUUUCAGAUUUUGCCUAAUUGAUGCAAUCACUCUUUAGAGUUGUAGAAAAUCUAUUAGCUGCCUAAGGAUAUAGCAAGGCUAAUUUAUGGGCUCUGGUUUUCUACAUCAUGCUAAGGGAUCACCUAGGAGAACUGCAGGAGGGAGGAGACAACGUUGGGCUGGAUUACUCUUCGAUACCUGCUCCAGGCUCAGGGUCCCAGCAAUCAGCCAGUAAAUACUUAACUUGAUUUUGACAUGAGUGAGUAAAAUAGUAACACCCACUUGGAGGCCUCCUCAAUAUCUAUUUUGGUAUUUCAGAUCCUGACUAUUUCUAGUGUAGCUUUUCCUUAAGGAGAAAGAAAACCAAAAAAUGAUGACACUAAGUUUUUCAAUUUAGGUGAAUAGGAGCCUCUUUUUUUUUUUUUUUGGCAGAAAAGAGGAAUGAAGGAAGAGAUUAGGUUUCUGCUGUGAUAAAUUGAAGCUGUAAUAUACUGUGGCUUGUACAUAUUCAUAACUACAGGUUAGGCAAGUUGUGUCACUCACUAGGCAUCUUGGUAUUUGUUUGAAAGUACAUAGUUCUUCCUCCUAUACUUUGAUCCAGCAAAACAACUCUUGCCUCAACUUUUAUCAGGAAUGUUCUCUAGUUGUUUUUAAUGCUUUUGCAUGUAUGAUUAAUUUAAGCUUUCAAAAUGAUUAGAAAAUUUUAUAUUGUCUUGCUUUUGUCAUGUGUGACUCUGGGAGAACCAACGAAAUAAUUUCUUAGUUUUCUGAAUAUAGAGAAGACUGAAAUGCUGUUCUUCCCAAAGACAGAAGAAACAGUUGUUGUUGGAUCAAGUUACAAAGAUAAAAGGCCCAGCUCCAGCUACCUGUUUGUGCAGUUAGAAGAUCCUAUGCUCUAGGUGGUGAACUUGACCAAGACCUUCUCAGAUGCUACAAACUUUAUCAUAAAGCUAGUGACAGAGGAAGAAGGGAAGACAAAUUAGGCCAUUCAUCGGGAUUCUGAAGGUAGGCAAAAAAGACUCAUUGAAGAAAUAAAGAAUGUCAGGGUCAAAGUGCUCAAACAAAGACAAGAUAGUCUUUUCCAGGCAUCAAUGCAUAUGGAUAGAAAUAUCCUAAUACUUAUUCUGCCAAUGAUACUGUUAAAUAAAUGUGCAUUUGGUUGCAAAAUUGAAUUGCGUGUGUUUCAAACAGCAUGGAAGAGACCUUUGCCAAUUAUUCUGGGGGCAGUUACACAGUUUUUUCUUAUGCCAUUUUGUGGAUUUCUUUUGACUCAGAUUUUGGCAUUGCCCGAGGCACAGGCUUUUAGAUUUGUAAUGACCUGCACAUGCCCAAGAGGGGGUGGGGGCCAUCUCUUUGCUCUGCUUCCAGAAGGAGAUAUCACUUUGGCUAUUUUGAUUACUUGCACAUCAAUGGUCUUGGCCCUUAUAAUGAUACCAGCCAAUUCUUACCUGUACAGUAGGAUAUUAGGGUUAUCUGGUACAUUCCAUAUUCCUGUUUUCAUAAUUAUGUCACCACUCCUCUUCAUACUUAUACCUAUAUUGGCUGGAAUAGUCAAGCGUAGAAUACCUGGAAAAGCAAACAUCCUAGAGAUAAUCAUUAGACCUCUGAGCUUUAUUUUAAUGUCUGUAGGGAUUUAUUUGAUGUUCAGAAUGGGAUUAAGGUUUCUAAAAACAGUUCACUUAGAGGUGCUUCUGUUAGGUAUCUUAGUUCCUGCUUUGGGUUUUCUGUUUGGGUACUCCUUUGCUAAAAUAUCUAGGCUGUCCCUUCCUGUGUGUAAAACUGUUUACACUGUCAAAAAUGGGAUGCUAAGUAGCUUCUUGGCUCUGGCUGUUAUCGAGCUCUCUUGUUCCCAGUCCAAGGCAGACUUAGCUUCUGUGGCUCCUUUUACAGUGGCCAUGUAUUCUGGAUGUGAAAUGUUACUGAUCCUCCUGUUCUACAAGGCUAAGAAAAGAUGUAUCUUUAUCAUAGAAUAUAAAAGAAAAAAAAUUCCCCUCAUCUAACAAUCAAAGCAUGACGAUUACUACUCUAAAUGAAGUACUAUGGGAGAUUCAAAGAAUAUCUAAAAUAAUGCCUGCUCUCAACCCACUUAUGAUCUGAUUGCAGACUUGACACUAGGGGGGAAAUAUACAUUAUCAAAAUAUGUACAUUAUCAUACGGGAGUUAAGAAGGUGAUCACUUUGUAGCUGUGUUGAAAAUGUUUUAUAGAGUUGGAUUGGAAUGUAAUACUUCAUUAUGGUCUCUCAUGUGGGAAAGAACAAUUUAAAAAACACCUCCUGUAAUGAUUAUGAGAAUAUCCCAACCUUUUACGGAAGGGGUGUUCACAUAAUAGGCAUCCCAUAAAUUCUUAUAAUAUUAGGUAAUUAGUUUGUCAGCCAAUAAGAAAACCAAAGUUCUUUUUUUCUAAUUUCAUCAAAUUCAGUAUAUGAAUACCAAGAUUUAUAAGAGAUGUUUUUUGGCAUGGUGGUGGCUGGUCAUUAUAUUCACUUUAUAAAAUUAUAAAUGUUUA